AUGCCAGUCGGUAUUGUAAAAGCACAGAAAGUUUUCCCGAAAAACCCGGCUCAGCAUGCAGCGGAUUUUCAAAUGCUCCUCAAACAACCUGCUAUUGAACCCAUCCUGCAGAAUAAAGAUAUUGAUUGUAUUCGAGUAGACGGGGCAGCAGACGAAGGUCCCAAUCAUUUAGAAGUGCAAUUUAUGUGGAGCGAAUGGCAUUUGAAAAUGAACAAAACCUGCACCAUCGUUACUUCUCGAUAUAGUGGUGGGAGUUAUUUGAACCGUGUAGAGUUAUUGAAUGGAUGUUUAACGGUUGGACAUUCUAAUGUGUUUAUUCCCUCAACUAUUCUUGGUUCUAAUUUUAACGCUGAAGGAAUUGACCAGGACAGGUUAGAAUCUAACCUUGGUGCAGCUACGGAGACCUACAUUAACAGUGUUUCUGGAACGAAAUGCUCUGGUAAUCCCAUUUUGUUGUUAAAAGGAUGUCGCGAUGAUGUUUCAAGGAAUAAUCAUGAAAGACGAGAUCGUUUGCUCACAUUUCUACAAGGAUCAAAGAAAAACCAGCUAUUAUUCAAAAAGAAUUAUCCGGACGAAUACAAGUAUUUCACGAAUGUAUGGGAUGUGAGGAAUAACCACAUGGUGAAAGACCUGCCGGACAACUACAUUUUUAUACUCCUGCCAUGCUACCAGAAGAAAUGUCAUCACCCGCGUUGCCGUGAAGGGAAACCAAGUUCGCCACCUGUUUGGUUUGAAGGUGGGCCAUCACUUACGACUAUACCUCUUCCAAUUCCACAUCCUGAAAAACGAUGGGGAGGUAAAUGCGAUAAGUGUGUAAGUUUCUGCCGUGGCCAUUAUCUUGACCCUGAAAAAACAAUUCAGUUGAUUAAAGAAAAAGGGCUAGGAUGUUGUGCUGAGCCUCCCAGAGAAGUAGUAAGAACAUUUUUCGACAAUAGUUCUGAAGAGAUCACGGAUGCUGAUAUUAAGAACUUGGCGAAAAACACUUUGCUGAGCGAGUCCGAUGUUAGUUUUUGGAUUGAGCAUCUUAAGAAUAUUAAACUAAGAAGGAAACGAGGAGCAAAAAAGGCGGCAGAAACAAGGAAAAGAAAACAAGCACAAAGAAACAAAGGUAAGCGCGCAGUGGUAAAUUGCAUCACAGCGCCGUAAGUUCGAUUCCUGCCAGCUAGGACCUGUUGUUGCAUUUUUCGCAGCUGUGCGUGGUUAGCCGGUCUAAAAAUGUAUAUAAUUUUCUACUCGAUCUUUUCCAUUUACAAAACCCGUCAAAUUGUAUCACACCCUUUCGAUAUUACGUCACUUAUACUUUUUUUGGCCUGUAAGCAUCUCUUUUCAUUUGUAAAAGACGUAAGGCUAUUGGCCAACAACCCAUGAGAACGAGUAAUCCAGGCUAAGUGACGUAAAUGUCAAAACGGUGCAUAGUUUCAUGCAUUUAUGUGAUCAUAUUGCAGAUACAUGGCAUAUGAAAUAAGUGGUGAUUGAAAUUUAUUUUGCUGAGCUUUCGAUCCAUUAAGUUGGCAGUGCCUUAACUUAACGUUGAUAAUAAAAGAGUCUGGGCAUUCCAAAUUGUUUCAAAUGUACAUUUGAUGGGGUUUUUUUUUACGUUUUCAGAGAGUAUAGCUGAAAAGGAUUUAUCGGGAGACGUUGAUUCACGAGCAGAAAACGAUUCAUCGGGAGACCUUGAUUCACGAGUGGAAAAAGAUUCACGAGCAGAAUUGCACUGCAUCUGUAAUGAAGCAGAUGACGGAAGGUAUGGUCUUCAUAAUAACAGACCAACUAGCCAUACUAUAAACCCUUUCCUACUUGUUUAAUAUGCUGUUUUGUUUGAUUGUUUCGUAACUCUUUUAGAGCACCAUUGUUUGUAAACUAGUGUCAGCCCCCAAUUCAGUUAGAAUAGAUUAUCAAACUUAAACUCUGCUGAACACCUCUCCCUUUGUUUUCUCUCAUUCUUAGGUUCAUGAUAUGUUGUGACAGUUGCGAUGUCUGGUUCCAUGGCAAUUGUAUUAACCUCACGGAGCAAGAGGCAGAACUACUGGAAAACUUUUAUUGUACAAAUUGUACCACUUAG